GGGGCGCUGGGGGCUAUGGGGCAACCCCUGCACCCCCCAGUUUCCCUCCCAGCCCCUCUCUCCCCAUCGCCCCCCGGUACCGACCCCCGGCCCCAUUCACUCACUCACUCAUUCAUCUCUCCGCCCCGCCUCUCGCCCCGCCCCCUCCCCUGUGAUUGGCUCCGCCGCCUGCACAUCGUGCGCUCCCCGCCCCCUGCGAGCGGCGCGCAUCCCGGACGCACGUGGAGCGGCUGCGCAGGCGCGGAAUCUCCCAGCUCGGGGGCUGCCCCCCGACAAGGGGCUCCCCCGUUACCGCCUCCCGCCCCCAGCGCCCCCGGCCCCGCCAUGGCGGCCCGCGGCCGGGGCCGGGGGCAGAUGACGUUCAACGUGGAGGCCGUUGGCAUCGGGAAGGGGGACGCGCUGCCCCCCCCCACGCUCCAGCCCUCCCCCCUGUUCCCGCCCCUGGAGCACCGCGCUGCGCCGCUGCCGGGGGGCGAGGAGGGCGAGUACAUGCUGGCGCUGAAGCAGGAGCUGCGGGGGGCCAUGAAAAACCUCCCGUAUUUCGUCAAACCGGGGGCGCCCCGGAGAGAUAUCGAGCGCUACUCAGACAAGUACCAGCUCUCCAGCCCCGUCGACAGCGCCAUCGACUGGAACCCGGACUGGAGGCGGCUGCCGCGGGAGCUGAAGAUCCGGGUGCGGCGGCUGCGGAAAGGCCGAGCCGCCAUCCUCAUCCCCAAGUCCAAGCAGCGCGUGGUGCUCGACAAGGAGGAGGCCAUUAAGAAACUGGAGAGCCUGGAGAAGAAGGAGGAGGAGGUGACAUCGGAGGAGGAAGAGGAGAAGGAGGAGGAAGAGGAAGGGAAGGAGGAGGAGGAGGAGGAGUAUGACGAGGAGGAGCACGAGGAGGAGACCGAUUACAUCAUGUCCUACUUCGACAACGGGGAGGACUUCGGUGGGGACAGCGAUGACAACAUGGACGAGGCCGUUUACUGACCCCCCUCGCUGUCAGCCCCCGACCCCAGGAUCCCCGUCACCCCCCAGGAUCCCCUGUCGCCCCCCAGGAUCCCCGUCACCCCCCAGGAUCCCCUGUUGCCCCCCAGGAUCCCCUGUCGACCCCCAGGACACCAGCGUCCCCUGUCACCCUGUCCCGGAUCUCUGGGUCCCCUGUCACUGGCCGCCCUGGGACACUGGGGUCUUGUGUCACCCCCGUUCCUGGGGGGUCCCUUGUCACCAGCCCCCGCGGGACACUGGGUCCCCUGUUGCUUCCCUUGGUGCCUGGGUCCCUUGUCACCCCCCCCAGGACACCAGGGUUCUCUGUCACCCGCCUCCCCCGGACGCCUGGGUCCCCUGUCACCGUCCCCUUCAGCCAGCAGGUGGCACUUGUGCUCCAGAGACGGAGGGGACACCCCAGAUCGGGGUGAUGGGGACAUGGGGACACCCCAGACCGGGGGGUGACAUGGGGACUCCCCGCGGUCCCCAACUGGGGGGGGUCCCGGGGGGCUCCCGAACCCCUGGCGGGGGGGGUGACACCCCCGCCUUGUCCCCAGGCCAGCGGUGGGUGGCGCUGUCCCUUUAAGCGGUGGGUUUAGGGGCGAUCCCCCCCCGUUUUUGUGGCAGCUUUUUAACAUUUGGGCUUUUUAAAGUGGAUUUGGGGCCGAUUAAAGCGAAUUGGUGCA